AUGAGUACGAAAAUAGGCCAUGAUCCUUGGCUUCCUACUGAGGAUAACCCGUUUAUUACUACAUCUUUGCCCGAGGCUAUUUAUGAAGCUCCUGUAUCAUCUUUGUUAAACAUGCAGGGACUGGGUUGGGACGAGGAGUGUGUGAAGGAUAUUUUUAACGAAAGGGAUGCUAGUAUUGUACUAAAUAUUCCAGUUAGCUUGCGACGACCUAGUGAUGCUUGGGUUUGGUAUAAGGAAGCGAAAGGUGAGUACACGGUCAAGUCUGCCUAUAGAAUGUUGGUGGGAGAAUUGCAAGAUAACAGACCAUGGCGUUUGUUAUGGAAUCUUAAGACUGAUGAAUCCGCCCGGUAUUUGUUCAUGGACUGUACGGAUGCGGUUGCUAUGUGGACUACAAUAGGCUUAUCUUCUCCUACACUGGGACAAGAUGAUAUGCAAUGCAAGUUUGUCAUGCUUUGUUGGGGACUAUGGGGAAGCCGGAAUAAUAAAGUAUGGAAUGGGAAUGCUUUUGAUUGUAAUGCUGUAAUUCAUUCAUCUCUCACUUUCUUGACAAACUGGAAGGCAGCGUAUGAUCCAAUGUUGACAACGCAAGGUUCUGGUGGUAGGUUGCUGAAGUGGAAAGCUCCAUCACCUGACCGGUUAAAGAUGAACACGGAUAUUGCUAUGGAUAUUCAUCACAAUAUUAUGGGGCUGGGCUGGGUGCUACGAGAUCACCAUGGUAUGUUUCUAGCUGCAAAGGCGAUGCAAAUUAGUGGAAAUUAUAGUGUUCAAGAGGCCGAAGCGGUUUGUAUUCGUGAAGCUUUGAGUUGGCUGAAAGGAACCGGGAUGGGAGAUGUAGAUAUUGAGACUGAUUCUCAACUUGUUUAUUAUGCUUUAUCUUCGAAUCCUUUUAUUUCUACUUUUGGUUUUCUGAUUGAUGAUAUUAAAGAAGUUGCAUCUAUGAUUGAGGGUGUAGACUUCUGUUUUGUUAAACGAUCUGCGAAUCGUGCUGCCCACAUUGUUGCUCGGGAAGCCGUUUCUUUGACAGGUUGCGGGGAGUGGUUCGAUACUCCUCCUCUUUAUCUUGUUGAUUGCCUUUUAUCUGAUUUAAUGAAUUAA